AUGGCUGAUAACAACACUGCGGAGCGUGGUGGGAAAACUUCAUCUUACCAGAAAAGGACGUUCACAGCAAACCCCCGUCCAAAGCCAGGCUCAGCCCAGUCAAGCGUUACCUUCGACUCAGAGCUAGAGUACAACCUCUCUUUCGCAACCUGCCACCCGAACAGCCCAAACAUGAAAGUUGCAACGAAGAACCAAGUACACUUUGCCAGCACCAGGUUGGCUAAAGCACUUCAAAUCGAAGAACCAGCCCUAGGAAAUAUUUGCAAAUGUCGACGCUAUGCCGGAGCAUAG